AUGACCAUAUAUUCCAGUGUUCCCGACCCUACAGAGCAAGCAGCAAGAAAGGAACGAGUUAGACAAGCAGAGGAGUCAGGGCAACUCUUAGAAUCUGCUGUUCACCUGGCUCAAUCAAACCUCAAGACUCAUGAACAUACCUCGCUGGCUCUCCCUCUAUCCUCGGAACGCAUCCCUGUCUCGCUUUGUCUUGGUCCUAUAAACCCAGAGAGUGUGAUCUCUCAUGGUGAGGGCCAAGGUAUCUUGCCUCUGCCUCCUCCUAAGAGGAAACCUGGACGACCCCCGGGCUCCAAAAAACCCCCUCGAAGCCCCCUACCCCUGGCAAAAACUAGUACAAAAAUCAGGAAGGUUCGUCGUGCGCUUCCUCCUAAACGGAAACAUCCAUCUGAAUCUUCCUCCAGAGGGAGUGAUAGAACAAUUUCGAGAGAGUUUGGUGGCCCUAGUGCUGUAAACCCUCUGGAUGAGGUGGGCUCUCGGGACAUGAAUCCAUACCCCAAACCUCCAGCUCCAGGCUUGGGGAACCCCUUGACAGCCCAACGAGUAAGGAAUAUCCGGCGCAAGCUCUUCCCGGAUAUUUUGUUCCUCUCUGAAACCAAAAAUGCAGACGCCUUUAUCCUAAACAAACUUAAGAGUCUCAAAUAUGAUCACCACCAUUUGGUUCCCCCACAUGAUAUCUGUGGCGGAGGACUGCCUCUCUUUUGGAAGCAAGACCUCAACUUGGAAAUCAUCUCAUCAUGUGCAAAUUACAUCGACACCUCCAUUCGCUAUGAAGGCAAACUCCUGUUCAUCACGCUGGUGCAUGGGGACCCUGAGCGAUCCAAACGCAAAGCGGUAUGGGAUUCUAUCAUCUCCCUCUCAUCCCUUCGCGAAGCCCCAUGGUUUCUUACCGGGGAUUUCAACGACAUCCUUGACAACUCCGAGAAGUAA